AUGCCCUCGCAGAAAGCCCUCCAGACCAAGCGCAGCCUCGUCAAGCACCGCACCAAUGCCGCUCCGGGCUCGCGACCCAAAAAGGCCGGCGGAUUCAAGGUGGGACCGACCAACCUACCCGACGGCGCCUACCUCGGCAAGGCCAAGAAGCUAAAGGCCGAGCUCAUCCACAAGGCCAAGGUCAAGAAGGCCUACUACAAGCAGCUCGAGCGCGAAGGAGGUGCACCGCAGCGUCCAGAUCACCGCGGUCGCGGAGAUGACGGCGGUGCCGACGACGAUGGUGGCAACGACGAUCCGGACGCCGUCUUUGUUCCCGGGGGCAGGUUCGCGCCCGACGACGACGAGAUCGACUUUCUCGCCGAGGCAGAGAAGCGCGCACGCUCCAGGGCCGGUCCUCCGCCGCCGCAGACGUCGGACGACGACGGUCCCUCGACCGCCGCCUCUGCCUCGAGAUCAGCACCGCGCCGUGACGGGAAAGAGGCCAGCACCGCGCGGCCGGAUCAGAGGCAAAGGAAGCACAAGCCCCUGCCGCACCCCGUCGCCAAGCCCAAGCAACCUGCGCCCGUGGAGGAUGCGUCGAGCAAGAAGCCCGUCGACACGCGGACAAAGGAGGAGAAGCUGGCCGACCGGGCGCGCAACAAGGAGCUCUGGAACAAGAAGAGCGCCAGCCGCGAGGGCCAGAAGCGCGGCCAGCCGGACCUCUCGGCGAGGAUGGAAGUGAUGCUCAACAAGAUCAAGCGGGGCCAGCAGUAG